UCCACGCUGAAAGCCGUCUCCCUUGAGGACAGGGAGGCGGUUAGAGGAGUCGACACCCUCAACCUAGACCCCAUCCUCGCUCUUCUGGCUGAGUCUAUGCUACGAGUGCACGGUCUUCGCAGGUCCAUCAACGAGAAGACCAAGGAGGUAAAGGCUGCGAAUGCUUGCUCCGCCUCUUCUCAUGAUAAGGCCAUGUUUCAGAUUGACCAAAAUGAAAUAUUGAUGACUGAAAUACUAUAUUCACAGGCGACCGCCAACCUGCAGGUCAAGGCUGACUUGGACGCUGCGAAGAAGCAGGUCUUUGAGCUUGAACAGCAGGUCAAGGACCUCAAGGCCAAGCUUCAGGCUCUUCAAGAGGCGGAGAAAGAAGCAGACGACCUCCGAACUCGGGUGGACAAACUGAAGCAGCGGUUGGCUAACCAGGAAACCCAGCUUGCCAAAAAAUACGCUUCUAGGGCCAACGAGGAGAAGCGGGCCUUGGUCAAUGACAUGAUGGACGACUGCAACAUCAUCAUGGAGAUGACCUGGGCGGCUCUUUUCCCGGAUGCCAGCUAUGAAGGCUGGAAGAGUAAGUUUGCCACCUGCACCCAGGAAUAUAUUGAAAAAAUCAUGAAUGCGGGUGAAGAGGAGGAGGGCAAGUCGUCUGAUUCCGCAUCCAGGGGGUCAGACCAAGAGGAAUAGGAGGACGGGGAGGAUAAUGAAAAAGAACAGUAGUCGGCUGGGGACAAAAAGGAUGCGGCUAUUUAUACUGAACAACCCCUUUCUACUACUUAAGCUUUUAUAUCAACUUUCUUCGGCCUGCGUGCCGCUUGUUUUGUAUCAUUACCCGAUCAAGGGGUCGAGGUUUAUUGACAAUUUUAACUUUUUUGUCGGUCUUUUGGCCGACUGUUUGUAUGAAUCAUCCGGUAGUUUUGUCGGAUUUUCCAAUUUUCAUUUAGCUUUGAAUUUUUGCAUUUCAUAAAUUUUGCUAAGUAUAACUUGCCUUUUUGUAUGAAUGCUUUGGAUACUUUUUUUGAUAUGCCGAUUAUUUUGGUAUCGACUGUUUUUUCCCCUAGGCGGCUGUGCGCUUGGUUUUCAAAGGUUGAUGGAUUGACUUGGAAAUUUUUGAUACUUUAAAGAGUAUGUAUAAUUUCUAAGUCUAUCAACCACUAUGGUGAUUGCCCCAAACUAGGCGAAUAGACAGCCAUUGGAAAAACGGUCAUACGCUCAGCAUGAUCCGGCUCUCGGCCUCAAUAUAGUUCUUUUAGACGGACCACGCUUAGCUACUAAGUUUUGUACUUAGUUUACUUUAUUGAUUGUAAAUUUUCCAUUUGUUUGGUACCUGUACAGAAACAGGCGUUAAACGGGAUAUUUAACAAAAGUAGCAACCGCUUGUUGGGUUACAAGCGGUAGCUAUAAUUGUUUUGUUAACCUAAAUAGGAAUAGUGGUCAAAUGCCGUUUGUUUAUCAAAAGGAUAUACGGCUUCGUUCGUACCGUUUAGGUUCCAUUUAUUCAGGUCGAGCGACUAUGAGAUAACCUUUGAGAUUAAUCAAUCUUUGUCACCUGGGUUUGAGUAAAAAGAAGAAGUAGACGGCCGUUAGCCGCAUGUUGUUUCCUCACAAGUGCUAAGCUUUAGACUUAGCUUUUUACUCAAUUAGUUUCUAAGUGUGGAACUUAGCUUAUAUCCUCAAAUUUCUCUGCCUGUGUUGCCCCUGAACAACAGUCGGCAUCCGACUUAGAUAUUAUAGAUUACCGCAUGUUUUUAUAGCAGUCAGUAGUCUUUGUUAUCUUUGUCUCAUUUGAUCAGUUCACAGAGCAAUGUGUGCCACCCAUACAGGAGAUGCUCUCUGCGACGAAUUCACCCAAAUGGAUGUCGCUGGACGCCUGCUCAUGUUAGGGACAGACGUAUUGUUUUAUAACUUAAGAAUAUCCGACCUUAGGCCUCAUUGUUGAUCGUCAGACGAUAGGCCUGACUUAGAUCAUCCGGCCAUAGGCCUCAUUUGUUCUGAGUGGAACAACACAUAGCUGCUAAGUUUGCUAGACUUAGCUUAUUUG